CGUGAGACUUAAACGGAGCACUGGAUAUGGCGAGUACGAGUCUGAGCAUCAUACGGCCUUUGGCUUCUCCCCUUGGCCUUCAAAUAUCACCGCCACAGCUACCGCCUCGGCCAAACCGCCUUCGGGUUUGUUGCUUCUCUCGUGGGAUUUCUACUGAGAAAACCUUGACGCAGAUUGAGAGUUCAGGUGUCAUCGCCUGCCUUCGUGCCAAUAGUGCAGAGCUGGCAAUUGAAGCUGCGUGUGCUGCACUUCAUGGUGGCAUUUCAGUUCUGGAGAUUGUGAUGUCGACCCCAGGUGUGUUUGAGGUUCUACAGCAGCUAGUACAUGACCAUCCUACAAGAGUCCUAGGGGUAGGAACUGUACUAAAUGUUGAGGAUGCCAAAAGGGCAAUGAUAGCAGGAGCCAAGUUUCUUAUGAGUCCUGCUAUGGUUAAGGACAUUUUGGAUGAUUUUCAAUAUAGUGGAGUUUUAUACAUACCUGGUGUUAUGACCCCAACAGAGAUAUUGUCUGCAUAUGAUGCUGGUGCCAAAAUUGUCAAGGUUUAUCCUGUUUCUGCAUUAGGUGGCUCACAAUAUAUAUCAGCUAUCAAGAAGCCUUUUCCCCAUAUCUCAAUGGUUGCUUCUCAAGGCAUAACAACAGAUUCAGUUGGGGAUUAUAUUGCUCAGGGAGCAUCGUCGGUUGUUUUAUCAGAUGCCAUAUUUGAUAAAGAAGCAAUGGGUCAAAAAAAUUUCGCUAAAAUCUAUCAACUUGCAAAUGCUGCAGCUUUGCAUGGCAAUGAAGCUGUAGACCGGAUGAAAAAGUUGAGGCUGAACCAUUUGUAAUAGGUGUAGUAAAAUCUUAUACCAAUGUAGUUUGGAAAAUGCUUUGGCAGUGCUGGACAUGUACUAGCAAACUGGUUUAUUACAUGAUAUUCUCAGUUGGGAAACUGAAAAGUUGACCUUUCAGCAAGGAGUAAGAAGAAAGUGAGCCUGCACAAUCCCGUAUUUGAGAUGCUCUGAAGUUUCAGCCAGGAGUGAGGAUCAUUUGACAAGGAAGAAAAUUGAAGAAAUCUUUGCUUUGAGGUCUAGUAAUUAACAAGCUUUAACACAUGCAGGCAGGCGCCAUAAUGGAUGGUCUCCAGGACACAAAGAGUUAUUGGAGUGUAGUUUUGUUUGCCGUAUUUUAGUUCUAUAAGAAAGAGUAUUUUUCUGUACCAAAGUAGACAUUUUCACAAUGUGUUAUUUUAAAUGACUCUAAUGUAUAUACUCUAGACAUCAACUUGCUGUAUGUUUUUGUUGAAACAAGUAUAAU